ACACAAUACACAACGACUGUAUAUUGAUAAACACUUGUAAAUGACCUGUUUAUUGGUUAUAUACAGGCUAGACAGAGAUACAUAUGACAGACUGACAUUGGAUAAUGGCAGAAAGGUCACGACAUAAUUUGCAGCGCCCGCCAUUGAUAAAGUCAAGAACUGGAAUAGAGACUUCCAGAACAUUAGAUGGCGCAUUAAGUAAAGAAAGAGGAUGUUUAACAAUAGGGCCAAAUACAGUCCCGUAUGGUGGUGGUAAAAGGCGUUAUAAGACAGAAACGAGAAUCAUCCUGGUUGGAAAGACAGGAUCAGGAAAAAGCUGCACGGGAAACACACUUCUGGGAAAGCAUGCCUUUACGAGUGAAUCGGGUUCUCAGUCUGUCACUAAAAAAUGUGAAUAUUCUAGUUGCAAGUACGAAGGGAGGAAUGUUGUAGUCAUUGACACUCCCGGGUUGUUCGAUACUGAUAUGUCAGAGGAGGAGGCAAAAAACGAGAUAGUAAAAUGCAUUGCAUUAGCAUCGCCUGGUCCUCAUGCUAUUCUUGUGGUGAUUCCUGCCAACGUUCGCUAUACCAAUGAGUGUCACGAAACCAUCGAUCGCUACCUGGAGUUGUUUGGUCCUAAGGUUAUAGAUUACAUUUUACCUGUUUUCACUAAAAGUGAUCAAUUUCAAAACGAUCUUACAACCACGAAUAUGUUUUUGAAGAAAAUUGAUCCUAAACUAAAGAGCCUCUUAGACAAAAAUGCCAACCGGCAUGUAUUUGUAAACAAUCGGUCAGGAAACAUGGACAAUGAAAGACAAAAAUUGUUUACAGCCAUCGAGAGAAUCGUUGAGCAUUACAAUGAAAAAUGCUUUACAAAUAAACAAUUCGUCAUUGUGGAGAAGGAACUAAACAGAAUAGAAACGGAACAACAACCCCAGUACACUGACAUACAAGCGGAUUCUGUUUUAAAAGGCUCAGACGUUCUCCCUCCGUCUCCAACACCGAGUAAUACAGUGCCAAGAGGGGAUGAUGAAUCAGCAACCUCUAGCGGAGAGUCAAGGGAGAGAAUGGAAUCAGCCACCUCUAUCGGAGAGUCAGGGGAAAGGAUGGAAUCAGCGACCUCUAGCGGAAAGUCAAGGGAAAGGAUGGAAUCAGCGACCUCUAGCGGAAAGUCAAGGGAGAGAAUAGAAACAGAAACCUCUGACCGAGCGUCUACGCGACAGAGCAUCACUGACGACAGUGGAUUUCUUGGCCGCUUAUCGCAGCUUUUUAGCGAUUUCUUUAAUUCCUUCUUUGAACUGCUGAGAGGAAAAAAAACAUGAAUACCGCCCAAACGAAUAAUGCCGUUGGUAUAUUUGUUUUGGCGAUGUGAUUAUUUGUGCAAAUAGGUUUGCUCUUUUGGCAGAAAGGAACCUGUGAUGCAUUGCGUGUUUAUUGUAUCGUGUUCUAAAACAUACGGUUUAGAUGACGAUUGUUUUUUGUUUUUUGUUUUUAGAUUGUAGCAAUGAACAGUACUUUGAAGUGUUUAAUAGUGUCUCAUGAUCAAUCUGGACGUCACACAAUGCAUCACUUUGUGAAGUAAUAUUUUGCUUCAUUAUAACAGAACUGACGCUAUACUCAAAAUGAGGAAACUGUAGGAAUAAUAAAAAUUCAACGAAGAUGAACGUAACACACGCACAGGUGAUUGAACCUUUAGAAUUUGAUAAUAGAUAUAGUGUGGUCAAAAUGAAUAACACUGCAUCCUAUAGCUAAAAUGUACAGGCUUUUGUUUGCAUACUGAAAAGUCGUCAGCACAACUGCUGUCAGACGAGAUCUCAUUGAAUAACACUGCAUCAUAUAGCUUAAAUGUACAGGAUUUUCUUUUGCAUACUGAAAAGGGGUCUGGACAACUACUGUCAGACGAGAUCUCUACGAAUGUCUUAAAGCUGCUUGUAUACAGUAGCGUUAACAUACUAGAACACUAUUUUCUUUUAAAUCAUCUCUGUAAAAAUAAACAACAGUUAUUGAAGGUCAUGCAACAAAGGGAGAGAUAUCUCAUCUAAUGACAAAAUGGGGAAAAAAUCAGGAAAUUCGCUCAUUUUCAAACCACAGAUACAUCGACUCACGCCAACUUUUUUUUCAUCAUGCAAAAGAUCACGUAACAUUGAAUUAUUUAUCUUUGAAAUUAGGAACUUGGAUUAAGUUCAAACCCUGAGUUCGAGCAUGAGAGUGUUUUCAUAUAUACGGGUCAUAUUUUGCACGUUUCGAGUAAUAUCUACUUUUGAUUUCAUGUUUCCUCUUCGCGAAACCACAAGAUCUUGGAGAGUUAAAGCGUGCCGCCGUCACAUUUGUUUGUCGAGAUUUUGGAGUCGAUUACAACGUUUUAAUCUGAUAGCACUUUAUCAAAGCAAACUGGUACACAACAAAACUAAUAACACAAUGUCGAUAUAUUUAAACCACGGGUCACGUGCAGAAUGCUCUAUGAACGAAAUGCUGUACAAAGAUUGUUUAAAGACAUCGUUAAGAUAGUUUUUUCUUGAUGUUUUGUCAUUUCAAAAUAUAUUGAUUUUUUGUUCAUAUUUUACCUUCAUUUGUUUUUUGAUUUAACAGUUAUCUUUUUCUGGCUGUUGUUGGGAUUUUUCAUGCAGGUACAAUAUUUUCCAAUGCUUAAGGUUCGGUUUUGGGGAGUGUUUCGGGAUCCUUAAACGUGCUUUGAACUUCAUAGUAAAUUGAAAAGUAUAUGUAACAUCUGUUUUGUUUUUUCUAAUUAUUAUUUCUCAGACAGAUUCUUUGUUUGUGCUUUUUUUAGUGUGACUAUUGUUAAACAUUUAAGCAAAGUACAAACAUUUGGCUGACAUUGUGCUAUUACUGCUUCUUGUGUCACAUGAAAACUGAAUGGCAAUGCGCGUCAUAUUAUUAGCUCUGCCAAACCGUGGCAGUUUAUUUGCUUAUAUUUUCUUUAUUUUUUAAGUUUAAAAGAAACAACCGAUUCAAAUAUAAGCAAAUACUUUUUUUAAUGACUCUCCCUUUUUUCUGCAUUUAGAUCAGACCAAUUUGUAAAUUCAAGAACAAUGAACUCAACUUCUUACUGAAAUUUAGUCAAAAAUUCAACAUAGAAAUCCGCUUUUUAAUGACAUUAUUGUCAUGGAACGUUAAAUAGACUAUUUAAUCAUGACCUAUUUAUUGAUGCGGUCUUUUGUGUUUUUACAUGUUCCGUUUUUUAAGCUUUAUUUUCUUGACAACAAUCGCAUAGACAUGUUUUUCAGCUCAUUUCAUUCCCACUUGCUUGUCCGGAUUGUACCACCCCUUCAUUUGUCUCCAUUUUGAAUAUCCUGUAUUUUAGCUUGAUCUAGUUUACAACAAUUGUAUAUACAAGCUUUUGCAGCUCAUUUUAAUCUCUCUUGUUUGUCCGGAUGGAAGCACUUCUUCAUUUGUCCACAUUGUACGUGUCCUGGUUUAUUAACUUUUAAAAUUUAAAACAAUUCUGAAACAAGAUUGAUUUUAUUUAUUUUAAUCGCUUUUUUUUUAAUACGAAAGGAAACUGUCCCUCAUUUGUAUAUAUUUUUCAUGUCCUGUUUAAUAAAGCUUUUCUUUUUACAACAAUUAUAGAUACGAGUUUUCUCAUCUUAUUUGAAUCACCCUUGGGUAUCCGAAUGUAAGCCUUCCGAGGUCAUACCGGAGCACGUCCAGAUGUCUUACAAAGGGUAACUUUUGCUGCAGCCUUAUAUAGUACAGUUGUUGUUGUAAGUAAAUUUCUACUGACACAACAGGGCAUGCAUCCUCGAUAUCAAGGGGUUACGCUCACGUACGCUCUCUACACACCUGGAAUAUGUCAUAGCAAAAUUGAAGGCACAAAGAUACCUGUUUGAUGUGUCUCAGGUAAAAUAACAUGACCAAUUGCUAGCCUGAUACCUGAGAUUACAAAGGAGCGACGACCGACUUCAAAGUCAAUCACUUUUUACCGCUAUGCGACCGCGAGA